CCUGAACUUACUGAAGGAGAUCUAUUGUUACAGCAUAAUUAAGAACUUGACUAAAUAAAAUUUAAGUUCACAAUGAAUCUAUCUUUUCUAACAGAGUUAUCGUUCUUGGUUGUCCUAGUAUCAAGUAUGGCGCGAACGAUGUCACUAAAGAAGUCAGCACAAAAUAGCAAGAUGCUGUUCGAAUAUGCUCUAGAUAACUGCUUGGCGUCUGCUAAGAAAACUUACACUGUCGUUGAACGAGACAGAAUUCUAAUAAAGGAUACUCGUUUAGGAAAAUUCUCGGAAAAAUGCCUAUCAAGGUCACUUCCUCCAUAUCAAAAGAUAUUCCAAAGCCUGCAACACGAAAUCGUCAGCUAUGAGAACUCAAACAGAUAUCAAUGGCUGGAGGGUAGAAACGCAAACAUAAGAAAAAAGUUUUUGAAUUUUAAAUCAAACGUGACCUUCUUGAACCAAGAUUUCGGCCGGAUGUUCACCUUGAUGAAAUGUCAAUCUAAUGACGUCAAUUGGAAUGUAUCCUCACAUUUUAAUCAAGUCUACGCCAUUACUGCGCACGUGCUGAGAAAAUAUCAAAAACUUUUGGAAAAUUGCAGAAAAGUGACGAGCAAAAUUCCGACCUGUAAGAAGAAGCAAAAGAAACCAACAGCAACAACCCCCACCACAAUGGCGGCCAAUGGAAUGGUUACAAAAAUGAAGAGAACACACAAGAAGUAGAACUUAUCUCGAUUGGGCGGCACAUCAGGAGAGCGCCUGAAGUCUGCUGGCUCAAUUCUGAGUCCACUCGAUGACUCUGCAACUCAUCACACAACAAUGACCACUUCAAGGAGAAACACGAAAAUAAAAGCUGCAGGCAACACACCUCUAGUGUCAACUACACCUCUAGUGUCAACUACACCUCUAGUGUCAACUACACCUCUAGUGUCAACUACACCUCUAGUGUUAACUACACACUUGGAUAAAAGAAACAAGAACAAAAAGAAAAAUGAUAAAAAUAAAUUGAAAAAUGCAACUAAUAAAAGCAAGUCCAUUAGAAGGAGCUCAUAAACGGUACCUCAAUAUUUUUACUGUUUCAAUUUAAAUUUCCAACUGUUAAUAUAGGCAGCGUUACUUGAGUGCAUUUUAAAAAUUUUGCUCUUGACAUAAAUCUGAACUUCCAAGGUUGUAAGACUUUUUCCAUAUUGGAUUCAUAGCAACAGAUCUUUCUAGUCUUUUGUAUGUGUUUGUAUAAUUGAGUGUUGAGCUACAACCAGUUCGAGUUUUAAAACGUUGGACUGGAAACAAAUCUUAUGACUAUUUUUGCUGUUGUGAUUGUGAUUUCAAGCUAGUGCAAUUAUUUACAAACCUCAAAUCUAACAAUAUAUCCAAUAACUUCGAGUUUCUGUUUAGAGAAAGGAUUUUAUUGAAUCUCUCGAUUUGCAUCUUUUGAGGUUGUUCUAUGUCUGUGCAUUUGUAAACUUUAUCUACAUUUAUGUGUUGUUACGAGACUAUUAGUUAUGUGAACUGAUGUGACAGUAAUAAGCAUUUUCUUCAAAAUAAUGGGUGCUGUCUAUUAUGAUUAGACAGGGGGCGAUUCCAAUUUCUAAGGCGACAAGUGGUCUUGAAUGUCGUGUGCCAUCACUGGUUGUCAUCUGAUGCAUUGGAGACACGCUUUUAUGUUCUCUCUUUUAUAGUCAGUUUCAAAUGUCAUGUAAUGUAUUCAUUACAAUAAACACAUGUUUUAUGUUUGUAUUAUCUUCUAAAAUAUUACAUAGCCAUCAUAAUGACAACGCAUUUAAAAAGUCUUAUUGUUCGAUUGAUUCUUUGUGAUUGAUUCAUUGAUUAAUUAAUCAAUGAUUAAUUAACUGAUUGUUCCAUUAAUUUUUGUUCUUUGAAUUAUUGCUUAAUGCACUUAUAGUUCCAUUGUUUUUUGUGAUUGAUUGAUUGAUUUAUUAACUGAUAGCUCCAUUGUUUAUUUGUGAUUGAUUCAUUGACUCAUUGACUGAUAUUUCCAUUGUUUAUUUGUGAUUGAUUCAUUG